AUGACGUACGAGGGCAUCUACCGCAAGACGGGCGGCAUGGGCCAGACCAAGCUCAUCACGCUGUACUUUGAGCGCGGCCUCGCGUUCGACCUGCAGGACCGCGACAAGUUCAACGACAUUGCCGCCAUCACGAGCUGCAUGAAGAACUACUUCCGCUCGCUCCCUGUGCCCCUCAUGACACACGACUUGCACGAGGACUUUGUCGCCGCCGCCGAGCUGCCCGAGGGCGACGAGCGCCUGCAGGCGAUCGAGCGCGUCCUGUACCAGCUCCCGCCCGCGCACUUCCACACGGCGCGCCUCUUGUUCCGCCACCUGAACCACGUCAAGUCGCUGUCGGCCGAGAACAAGAUGACCUCGGCCAACCUCGGCGUCGUCUUUGGCCCGACCGUCCUGCGCUCACCGAUCCCGGCCCGCGAGUGGAGCGACAUGGGUCCCAAGGCCAAGCUCGUCGAGAUCCUGUGCGACCACGCCGAGGCGCUGUUCGCCAAGCCGUUCCCGCCGACGUCAACGGCCUAG